AAGUGAUCCAGUUGAUUCUGCCUGAAGAUCAGAGAAUUAGCAUUACUGCAACAACUGUGGGACAAAGUGCUGUUCUGAGCUGUGCUGUCCAGGGAGCCUUAAGGCCCCCCAUCAUCUGGAAGAGGAACAAUAUUAUUCUAAAUAAUUUAGAUUUGGAAGAUAUCAAUGACUUUGGAGAUGAUGGGUCCCUGUAUAUAACUAAGGUUACCACCACUCACAUGGGCAAUUAUACCUGCUACGCAGCUGGCUAUGAACACAUCUAUCAGACUCAUAUCUUCCAAGUAAAUGUUCCUCCAGUCAUCCGGGUGUAUCCUGAGAGUCAGGCCAGAGAACCAGGGGUAACUGCAAGCCUUAGGUGCCAUGCAGAGGGUAUACAACCUCAGCUUGGCUGGCUGAAGAAUGGAAUUGAUAUUACACCAAAGCUGUCCAAACAACUCACACUUCAAGCAAAUGGCAGUGAGGUUCACAUAAGCAAUGUACGCUAUGAAGACACAGGAGCAUACACUUGCAUUGCCAGAAAUGAAGCAGGAGUGGAUGAGGACAUCUCUUCUCUUUUUGUGGAAGAUUCUGCUCGAAAGACCCGUCUGGGAAUUGGGAACAUGUUCUAUGUUUUUUAUGAAGAUGGAAUCAAAGUGAUACAACCCAUAGAAUGUGAAUUUCAGAGACACAUUAAGCCUAAUGAAAAGCUCCUUGGAUUUCAGGAUGAAGUCUGUCCCAAAGUGGAGAAAGAUGAAAUCCAGAGGUGUGUUUGGGCCUCAGCUGUUAAUGUCAAAGACAAGUUCAUUUAUGUUGCCCAACCAACUUUGGACAGAGUCCUGAUUGUUGAUGUGCAGUCACAAAAAGUUGUUCAGGCAGUGAUCACAGACCCCGUUCCAGUGAAGCUACACUAUGAUAAAUCACAUGACCAGGUGUGGGUGCUAAGCUGGGGCACCAUGGACAAGACUUCACCCACACUCCAGGUAAUAACCCUGGCCAGUGGUAAUGCGCCUCACCACACCAUCCAUACCCAGCCAGUUGGAAGGCAAUUUGACAGAGUGGACAAUUUUUUCAUUCCCACCACAACGCUCAUUAUCACCCAUAUCAGGUAA